UUAGCUUGCUCCCCCUGGACAGGAGCUCAGUUCCUACUGGUGGUUAGGGAAGUUAAGGUGUGUCCUUCGAAUCGAUACUCUGCCUAGCUCAUGGGUGUUCCAACGACGGUGUAUAUUCAUACCAAUAUCUACAACUACAGCAAUAAAUACAAAAAUCUCGAUCGCUUCCAAAAUGACGUGAAAACGUUCUUGAAAGAGUAUGACCGAAUUGUGCUGCACAAAGAUCUUUACAAGCUGGUGUUUAAAAGUUACUUGCGCGAGAUACGCUCGAAGGUGAAGAUACUGUUGCAAAAGUUCGACGCAACACCGCUAGAUGAUGGUAGUACACGACCGGAAAAGGAAAUGAUGUGCUGUGGAUUGUGUUUCACCAGUAAUGAGCAGUUCCGCAGGCAUUACAAAACAGUUCACAACGAGGCGUUUCUCGUAUAUCCAAACAUGCUGGAGCUGAAGUCCGCCUUCGCCAAGUUGGACCAUAUGAGGCAUCGAUUGGACGAGUAUACGCGAUUUGGCAAAGAGUACACAUGCACCAUGCUGGUGGACUUGAAGAGAGUGGCGAAACGUAUCUCUUGUACCUUGAAGUUCUAAAAUAAAACCAAACACAUCGAACAGUCACAAAACGAAUCGAACACCCUUCGCGAUCCACCGCGCGCUCUGCAACAACCCUGAGAUCAUGAUCAUGUUUUACAC